GAAAGCCGUGUUCCAAGCUAUCCUGAACUGACUCGUCUAUUGAUUGCUGUUCAACUUUAUUACAAGUCUCACUUACUUUUAUUGGACUCUCUAAAAAAAUUGAUUAUGGCAGUCGGAGGCCGCAUGUGGUGUCUUUCCUCAUCUUCAGAGUGCUCUGUCAUCGUCAAAAAGUUUCUUUCUAAUUUGCUAUCUCAAGGGUUUCUCAAGAAUGCCUUAGAGGUACUUAGUACAUUUGAGCCUUCAAAAGAGCUGGCUCGACUUGAAUCGUCUUCUUUGAUUGGCCCCCCUUCACAUCGUCGCAAGAUAAAGCAUACUCUUGAUUCCAUCAUCAAAACGCUCUCCUCGUGCAUUCUUACGAAAAAUUAG